AUGCACAGUGGACCUCAAGCCUUGGUGGCCUCUAUUAGACAGCGCUACUGGCCUUUAAAAGCGCGAAGUUUGGCUCGUACUAUAGUACACAAUUGCGUUAAUUGUUUUAAACUGAAACCUCAAAUAGUACAACCGAUCAUGGGGAGUCUGCCUGGUUCACGGGUACAGAGUGGAAGAGCAUUUGCCAUAUGUGGUGUAGAUUUUGCGGGUCCAGUCAUGAUAAGAACGAGCUUGCGUCGUAAGGCACCAUGUAACAAAGGAUACAUCAGCAUAUUUGUAUGUUUCGCGAUAAAGGCGAUACAUAUCGAACUCGUGAGCGAUUUGUCAACGAAGACAUUUUUACAGGCGUUGAACAGAUUUUUUGAUCGACGUGGCAAAAGUUCAAUAAUUUACAGUGAUAACGCCCGAAAUUUUGUGGGCAUGCGUCGGCAUUUAAAGGAGGUGUACGCACUUUUCCAGUCUCCAGAACAUCAGCGAUCCGUUUUCUCUCAUCUAGCGGACAAAGGAAUUGAGUGGCGAUUUAUACCACCCCGUGCGCCACAUUUCGGUGGACUUUGGGAGGCUGCGGUCAAAAGUAUGAAAAGUUUGCUAUAUCGCGUUUUAGGAGAAGCUCGGCUCACGUACGAAGAAUUAUUAACUGUACUAACGAGAGUGGAAGCGGUACUUAACUCGCGACCAAUAACUCCAGUAUCCUCUGAUCCGGCUGAUCUAACCUAUCUCACACCAGGUCAUUUUUUAAUUGGCGAUAUAAUGACUGCCAUACCGGAAAAGGACGAGACGACCACGCCUAUUACUCACUUAAAUAGGUGGAGAAUAGUCUCUCAUUACACCCAAGUACUUUGGAAACGGUGGCACCAAGAGUACUUAUCUCAACUACAGGAAAGAACCAAAUGGUCCAGCACGAAAGGGCCUAAGUUACAAAUUGGAACUAUUGUGUUGGUAAAAGAGACAAAUUUACCACCACUCAAAUGGCAAGUUGGGCGUGUAAUGGAAUUAUACUGUGACCAUGACAACGUGGCACGAUCAGCAAAGGUCCAUACUAACGUCGGCGAGUUUUCACGAGCGGUCAGGUUAUUAUGUCCGUUACCUUUUGAAGGCAACAGUUUGUAG